GAUCAUAAAAAACGAGCUAGCUGGCCACUGCGCUAGUCUUCUCGAUCUCAUCUCAGCUCCGUUAUUUUUUGCGUUGUCGAUCGUCUGACUCGUACUCGUCUGACUGACCCGAUUCGCAGAGCAGAAAAGAUGGAUGAAGAUAACGAUAUAGAAAUGGAUGAAAAUGGCUUUUUGCCGCCAAGUACUUACUACUUUGACACCCAAUAUACGACAACUUUCAUUUUGAUGUUCAUUGUGAUUGCACUUCUUCUCAGUUUGGUUGCCUUUCUCAUCUCUGUCAUCAUCAAAAAGAGAAUUCAAGCACAACCAAAGCAUCGGUUCAGAAAGCGAGAUAAAGUGAUGUUUUAUGGCAGAAAAAUGUUGAGAAAGGUCAAAUCAAUAUCAGGACCAGUGUACACAGUGCACAGAAAGAUGAGGAAGAGAAAAGAAUAUAUGGACCUUGCAAAAACUAUAAGAGGUAUCCUACAGAAUACAGAUAGUGACAGGAAACCGAUGCUUCAAGUCAAGGAGCCUCCUCCCGCCAUCUUGGAAGCGGACUUUAGAGAGUUACAGCUCCCUCCAGAGUUUAGGAUCCCAACAGAAGUCCUCUACAUGCUUAAAAACAUCAGGGUAUUUGGUCACUUUGAGAGACCACUAUUCCUGGAGCUGAGUAGAUCUGUAGAGAGUAAGUUCCUUCCGGCUGGAGCCUAUCUGUUCCAGAGGGGCCAACCAGACGAUAGCAUCUUUGUUGUGCAGUGUGGCCGUCUUCUUGUCUAUAUUACAGAACCCGAUGGGUCAGAGUAUGAGGUCAAAGAGGUCACACAAGGUGAUAGUGUGCACAGUCUACUCAGUGUAUUGGAUGUCAUCACAGGCUAUUCUGCACCAUACAAGACUGUGUCAUGCAAAGCGGCCGAGGAUACCACCGUGCUGAGACUACCCGCUGUGGCGUUCCAGGCGGUGUUUGAGCAGUAUCCCGAGUCUAUGGUUAGAGUUGUACAGAUGAUGAUGAUCCGUCUUCAGCGUGUAACCUUCCUCACGCUACAGAACCUGUUAGGUUUAGAUGCUGAGCUCAUCAACCCAGACAACAUAAGCAGCAAGUCUUUAGCCAUCCACGCACUGAACAGCAAAGCAAGCAGUCCAACAAAGAGACAGACAUCAGUCAUGACUGCAGGUACAGCGACGGCGGGAGGAGGGUCCAGUUCAGCUCAUUCAACCAGCAGUGUUGAGACAGUCAUGAGAGUCAGUAUGGCAGAAGAGGCUACCGACGUCUUCAAGUCAGCUGAAGAAAGUGAUGGAGAUCCCACUCAGAGGGGGAGGUCAGGAUCCAUUAAUGGACCUUCAGGUCGUGUGUUGGGUCCCAUCAGCAAUUAUCGAAGAGCGACCUCUCUUGAUGUAGAUGAUACAGGUCGUCUUAGCAUGAGUACAUCUGACUUUGAAGCUGCAGCUGGAAGGGCGAGGGUCACCGGAUUAGACGAAACAAAACCACUAAGACAGAUUUCCUUGGAGAAUGCUGCUGCUGCUUCUGCUGCUGGAUCACUCAGCAAACCGGGAGGACGGAGGAGAGAUAUGAGCCUUGAUGGAGUCGGUGAGAAACCGUCUGAAGAAAAGAAAGAAUACACCGAAGAUGAAAUCUUGGAGAUGGCCAAGAGAGAUCUCAUGACCCUCUUUGGACUUCCGGAUACCUCCUUACUUGACCAUCAGAUAGCAUUAUCUCACAUUCCAGGGGGCAGUGUAGUGGUCAGAGAAGGUGACCAGGAAACGAACCUAAUGUUUCUAUUGAAAGGAACAUUCCUAAUGCUACAGACAGAUGAGAUGACUGAGAAGGAACGGACAGUGUUUGUGGUCAGUCCCGGUGAGAUGAUCGGUGAGUUGGCCGUACUGACCGGAGAACCGGCUUUGUUCACCGUCAAAGCAAGGCAGGACUGCUGUGUGAUUGCAAUCAGCAAGACAAGAUUCUACAGUAUUAUGAGAGAAUAUCCCCAGGUUGUGCUGAAAGUUGGCCAUCAGGUCGUCAAGAAACUGUCAUCCUUUGUACGACAAACAGACUUUGCUUUAGAUUGGAUGCAGCUAGAAGCUGGUAAAGCAGUGUAUCGGCAAGGUGACCAAUCACAGUGCACGUACAUCGUCUUGAACGGCCGUCUGAGGUCCGUGGUUCAGCUUCCGUCCGGUAAAAAGGAACUGAUGGGUGAGUUCGGACGCGGUGAGAUCGUAGGGAUUGUAGAAGUGUUAACGCUGAAGGAGAGAGUCACGACAGUCCACGCCAUCAGAGACACCGAGUUAGCCAAGCUACCCACCGGGAUGCUGAACCUCAUCAAGAGGAAGUUCCCUCACACUGUUACCCGACUGAUCGAGAUCCUAGGUCAAAGGUUAUUAGGUCAGGUUGAAGAAAAGAUGGGCGCUACCAAGAUAGCAGCGGAAGAGAGAAGGAAUACAGUGGAGAACCUUUCCACCGUGGCUCUGAUUCCUGGUUCUGAUGAUGUACCCCUGGCCAGGUUUGCUCUGGAGUUGACACAUUCACUCAGUGCAGUAGGUUCUGUUUUGAGAUUAACCAAGGAGCACAUUCUUCACACACUAGGAGGUUCUGCUCUUGACAGUGUCCAUGAGUAUCGUUUGACCAGUUGGCUUGGUCAGCAGGAGGACCUUCAUAGGAUUGUUAUCUAUCAAGCGGACAAGAGAAUGACCACAUGGACACAAAGAUGCAUCAGACAGGCUGAUUGUAUAUUGAUUGUAGCUCUGGCUGAUAGAGAUCCAAACAAUGUAAGUGAGAUGGAAACACAACUAGAAGCUUUAGCUGUCAGGGCACAGAAAGAACUCAUACUACUACACAGAGAAAAGGAUGGCGUGUAUAAGCCGCCUAGUGGAACAGCUGAGUGGCUCAACGCCCGCGGAUGGUGCGUAUCCCACCAUCACAUCCGAUGCCCGAAGAGAAUGUUCAGUAAGCGCUCCCCCGCUAGGGUUCGGGAGACGUACGAUCGUCUCUUCGACACCAAGGCUGACAGCAGGUCUGACUUCUCCCGGCUAGCUCGCUUCUUGACGGGUACUUCGAUUGGUUUGGUCCUUGGGGGUGGCGGAGCAAGGGGCAUAUCCCAGCUUGGUAUUAUCAAGGCAAUGGAGGAAUAUGGCAUCCCUAUCGACAUUGUGGGUGGGGUCAGCAUCGGCGCCCUCAACUCCGCACUCUACGCCGAGGAUGUCAACAGCACCAUCAUGGAGAAGAGACUGACGGCAUUCUGCAAGGAUUUCGGGUCUCUGUGGAAAAGGGUCAUCGACCUCACCUACCCAGCCACUGCCAUGUUCACAGGUCACAACUUCAACAAGAGCAUAAGUGACCUGUUUGGGGAUAAACAGAUUGAGGACCUAUGGCUGCCAUACUUUACCAUCUCAACGGAUAUCACCAAAUAUGCACUCAGAAUACACACCAGUGGUUCACUGUGGCGCUAUGUCAGGGCAAGCAUGUCCCUGUCAGGGUACUUGCCUCCUCUGUGUGACCCCAAGGAUGGUCAUCUCUUACUGGAUGGUGGCUACGUCAACAACCUCCCUGCUGACAUCAUGCGAGCAAUGGGGGUACCUACUAUCUUAGCUAUUGACGUAGGAAGCGAGGAUACCUCUAGCAUCACAAACUAUGGUGAUGAACUCUCGGGAUGGUGGCUUCUGUGGAAGAGAUGGAAUCCAUGGGCUGAACCAGUCAGGGUGCCCAGCCUUGAUGAGAUCCAGUCCCGCCUUGCCUAUGUGUCCUCUAUGAAGAUGCUGGAAGAGGUCAAGGAUAGUUCGUACUGUGAAUAUAUCAGACCGCCAAUCAAUAACUUUGCUACGUUAGCCUUCCACCGUCAUCGUGAGAUCUUAGAGGUUGGUUACCAUCACGGCGUGACUGUGUUCAGCGGAUGGAAGAAGUCUGGUUACCUCCAAGCAUUCCUCUCGGAGAAGUCAUCUACCCAUCACAAAAGAGGAAAGCCGGGUAUCCCCAAUGUGCAUCCUCGUUUCACUGACCUAGCAGCACUGGUCACUCGGAUGGAACCUCAGAAACAAGCAAUUCCAGACCCAGAUGAAGUUGACUAUGCAAGAGUGGAAGGCACAGGCGAUACUGAUGUCGGCAUGGAAACAGACGGCAUCGGAACGGAAUCUGCCUCCGAGAUGAACCCCUCAUCGGAACUUACCACCGCCACGAACAGCGAGACUGUGACGCGGUCUGCCUCGGCUCCGAGUACGGUCAUCGGGAGCGCCGAUAUCUCCAGUGAGGACGAUGUUGAGGUUGAAGUCGAUGCCUCAGGGUCAACCCAUAGUUCAAUUAGGAAGAAAGUGGAAGGACUCCGGCUACGCAGACAUCGCAGUGAGAGCUCCCCUUCAGAGUAGAAUGAGAAUGUUCUGAAUAUAUUCUCCAUGUUAGACUGCCCUGAUGUUUCUGAAGGAAUGUGAACACUCACAGUGAUAGAGUCUGAUCACUUACCAUGAGGGGAUAUAAACAAUUUCCAUGGAGGAAUGUCAACACCCACAGUAGAGGAGUGUGAACACUCAUCAUGAGGGGAAGUGAACACUCCCUCACGAGGAAUGUGAGCAUUCCCUGUGGAGGAAUUUGAACACUUUCCAUGCAGGAAUUCGAACACUGCUUGGGGAGGGGUGUGAACACUGCCUGUGGAGGAAUUCGGACACUCCCCUGUGGUGUAACUUGGUGUCCCAGAGGCAAAACUUCCCUCAGAGCAUUGUGCCAUUUGAUCUCUGUACAGGGUUUACUAUCUUCAAUUCCAAUUUAAGAAACAUUAAUGAGAAAAUGUUAAUCCUAUAGAAUUUGCUGUAUGUUGAAGAGUAAUACAUCCUGAGGGUUUUAAAGUUGACAUUUUCAUGUGACUAGUGAAUGAUUAAUGUGCUGUCAUACAAAUGUAAUGUGUAAUCACUCUAAAAGGUACAUGUGUUACAACAAAGUUCUAUGUCUGCCUUCCUACAUGCAAUAAUUCUUUAUUUCCUUAACAAUAAUGACAAUAGCCAUUUGUAUAGCAAUCACAUACGUUAUGUUUGGAUACUCACGACAAUUUUACAUUAAUAUUUUGUAACAUAAAGCUAUGUCAAACUAUUUGGUUUUGUAUUUUGUAGAACACAUUUGUGUAGUCCCAUCCACUUUGAAACACGUAGCUUAACGAACAUCAUCGCAUUGCGGUCAAGGCUUGGCUAAAUGGAGAUUUGAUCAAGUGCAGUGGCCUGAGUUCACAAAGAUGUUUGUAACCACGAUACUUUGAAUAUAAGUACGUACAAAGGAUAUGCCCAAAUAUUUACUUAGGAAGCUAGGUAGUUAUUAUUAAGAAGUUAAUUUCUUAAGAAACGAAGGCAUGUCUCGAAGUCAACAGUGCCUAGGUUUAAAAUAUUAAAAAAAUACUUUGUAACAAGACGGAUAGGAAAUUGAGAUAAUGUUUACAAUAAACUUUUAAACAACAUUCACCCCCCCCCCACAAUCCCCAAGAAAAAGGAUGAAUUUUCAUUAAAAAUUGUUACUGUA